AUGGCAGAAAUCACCGUCUCAGACGAUAUUUUGGCUGGUAUUAAAGACCAGGUUGUGUUGAUUACUGGCGGAUCCGCUGGAAUCGGAAGAGCGACCGCACAACUAUGCUUAGAUCUGGGCGCCAAAGUCGUCAUUGGAGAUCUGACCCCUCCUAAUCCUGAAUUCAAAGAUACCGAUGCAGUCCAUUACGUGGAGUCAAACGUGACCUCAUGGGAAAGCCUUCGAAACCUGUUCGAUCAAGCUGACAAGUUAUUCGGUGGCAUCGACCACGUCUUCGCCAAUGCUGGCGUCGGUCCGACCACGGACUUCCUGGAUAUCAAACUUAACGAAGCCGGACAACUCGAGCCUCCUAAUCUCAGAACAAUCAAUGUCAAUCUCCUCGGUCCACUGUACACCAUCAACCUAGCACAGGCCUACAUGAAACAACUCGCAGGCCGCCGUCCUGCAAAGGAAACCGGUAGCAUUGUCCUCACAGCCUCUGCUUCUUCCUUCCAGAGUUUCAGUGCCGUCGACUAUACAGUCACCAAGCACGGCGUUCUGGGUAUGGUCCGUGGCCUGGUGUACAAGCUGGAGACUGAAGGUAAAAUCCGGUUGAAUGCUGUCGCGCCCUCGUGGACAAAGACUGCAAUGGUUCCUCUUGAAUCUCUUCAGGCUAUGGGUGUUCCCGUACAGUUACCUGAGGAUGUUGCACGAAGUGUGGUGCUGCUGUUUGCUGAUGAGAAUCGACAUGGAGAAGUCAUCUACAGCGCGCAGGGAAAAUUCAAGGAAGUCAAUAAAAGUGAAGGUGGGCUGUUGGCUAUGACGGAGGGGUUACUCUUUAAUAAGGAUAGUUUGGACGGAUUGGGGGAGGGAUACUCUUGGGUUUUGUUUUGA